GUCUCCAUCAGCAUUCUCUGAUUCUUCUAGGCACUGGGAUUCUUCCGUCGGCAAUGUGCUACAAUGGACCGGCGGAGGACGUUGACGAUGAACUGGGAGCAUGUCGGAGAUGACGACGACGAUUUCUUCGACCCCAGAGAACGGUUCUCCUCCGCCGUCCCGGGUGACAUUGAGUCCUCGGGAUCGGAGGAUGAUUACGAGGAUACCCGCAUGUCGUUUAGCACCGCCGUCUGCGCAUCCGCCCCCCGCCCCUUCCCCUCCCUCUCCCUCAGCAACUCCGCCCGCGCCUCCGAGGCGCCGCCUCCGCCCGCCUCCGCCAGACCUCGCUCCGCCUCCGAGGAUUACGACAUGUGGAUGGCCGAGCCAGGCGACGUCAAAGAGCGCCGCCGCCGCCUCCUCCAAGGCAUGGGAUUGUUGAGCAACAAGAGCCUCCAAAAGAUCGCCAGUGCCAAGAAAUUCGCCAGGGUGAUUACCAAAAAAACCGAAUCACCGGCUCCCAAACACCCUCUUAUCCCAAAAUCUGAAAUACCCCGCCAGCCUUAUCCCCGGCAGCAAGAUUCCACGCAACAACAUACCCCGCCGCCGACGCCGCCGCCGGCGGCGUCGGCGGAGCCUCAUUCACCUUCACCCCCGCCCGCUCUAGUCCGUUCCAGAUCCGCCGGAGAUAUUGGAUCCUUAUCCGUAGAUUCCAACAAGAGGAAAGAAGAGCUAAUUGGCCCCAUUCCCAAACAACACCUCAGAAGAACAUUAUCGUGUCUGGCAACACUAAACACAGACAUCGGGCCGACAAAACUCCCGAUCCUCAAAACACCACAGAUGAAUGAUAAUAAUAAUAAUAAGGUGAGGAAAAGAUCGACGGCGAGCAGUGCGAUAUUGUCCGAUGGCGGCGUCGACCCAAGCUUCGUAACAAAGAAUCUCAACACUGAAGACAAUGAUCUUGCCCUGCAGACAGGGAAGGAAGAAUCCAUGGAUGAAUUCGACAGAUUCUCCCCGGUUGAUAAGGAAGUUAUGCGCAGAUCAAACGAUUCAACCGCCAAUUUUUACGACAGAAAACAGAAUUCAUAUCUCACCAGGAGUAUGAGGUACAGCAAGAGAAGAGGCGUGGCAAUCCUGAAGAACAUAAAGGGAGUGGCGCAUUCGAUGAGCGGAAAGAAUACAGAAAAAGACAGAGAUCCCAGUUUAGCAGGAGAGCCCUGCAAACCCAACAAGAACUCCUCCCAGUGGAUUAAAGUCCGGCAGCACGGAAAACCAAUCAAAGAAUUCACAGGGCUACACUUGUGCCAAGAAAUCCAGGCGCACGAGGGGUCAAUCUGGAGCGUCAAAUUCAGCCCGGACACCCAUUACCUGGCAACUGCGGGGGAGGAUAAAGUUAUCCAUAUUUGGGAAGUCCAAGAAUGCGACGUCAUGGCAGGGGGGAGACCGUACGAUGAUCUAAGUUCGCCUGUUCAUCCAAUGGUUGGGGGGAAAUCGGAAUCGGGAGAAGAGAAAAAGAAAAAGCUUAGGGCUUUUACUAGGAAGAAGGGUAAUAAUUCUGCCCCGGAUUAUGUCAUAGUCCCAGAAACUGUGUUUGCUCUUUCUGAGAAACCGGUUUGCACUCUCGAAGGCCAUCAGGAUGUUGUCAUGGACCUGUCCUGGUCCCGAGCUCAGCUGUUGCUUUCUUCUUCAAUGGACAAGACGGUUCGAUUAUGGGAUGUCGAAACCCAGAAUUGUUUGAAAAUGUUUGCACACAAUGACUAUGUAACAUGCAUACAGUUCAAUCCGGUAGACGACGACUGCUUCAUCAGUGGCUCAUUGGAUUCGAAGGUUCGGAUUUGGAACAUAACGGAUAGGAAAGUGGUGGACUGGAAAGAUGAGAAAGAGAUGGUUACUGCCACUUGCUACACUCCUGAUGGAAAGGGUGCUAUGAUAGGCUCACACAGAGGUGGCUGUCGGUAUUAUAGUACUACAGAUUACAAACUGGAACAACAGGAUCAGUUUGAUACCCAGAACAAGAAAAAGUCCCAAAUCACAAAGGUCACAGGUUUAGAGUAUUCCCCAUGGAACCCCUCAGAAGUGCUCAUUUCCACUGCAGAUUCGCGCCUUCGGAUCCACGAUGGAUUGGGUUUCACUCAUAAAUUCAAAGGUUUCCGUAACCUAAACAGCCAAAUUUCGGCUUCGUUUAGCCCAGAUGGGAAGUAUGUGAUAAGUGCAAGUGAAGAUUCCGAAGUGUAUGUGUGGAAGAAAGAAGAGCUUCCUUUCAAAAAAAAGAAAGAAGAGCCCAAAACUGCGAGUGGAAAAGGCAGAAGGGUGAUCAUCAACAGCUAUGAACAUUUCCCUUGCAAAGACGUCUCAGUUGCAAUCCCAUGGCCAGGCAGCAUUACAACCGAGCCACCGGUUGUCGAACUACACACGAAAAGACGCUUCCUCCCGCCCCAAAACCCCCCCGUUGGCUCUCCCAUCAAGGCCAGUGGGUCUCCCACCAGGAAGCUUCUGCCCCCUCUGCCAAAGAAAAAGGGCACGGGGGGUGAGGGGGACCACGAGAGUGAAGUCGUGGAUCAUUCUGCAAACUCAGAAACGGAUGACCCAUCUAAGAACGACGAUCAUCACCACUCGCACUCGCCUUCUAUUAGCAGCUCCCCGUCGCGGUCCUGGUCCUCCAUAUUGGAUGGUGUGAUCAACCAUGGUGGGAGUACCAUUCAGGCCACGGCGUGGGGGUUGGUAAUUGUGACGGCAAGCUUAGGUGGUGAGAUCAGGGUGUAUCAGAAUUUUGGACUGCCUCUUAAAGUCAGACGCCUUAAAUAACAAACAUAUAUACACAUACUUCAUGACGAAAGAUACUCACAAUCACUACUUAAAAAUGUAGACGGAGUAAACUCUAUUAUGUAAUAGUUAUUAAACUACAUAGAAGUGUAAACCACAUUGGUACCUCAUAGUUAUUCGAACAUAUUUGA